AUGAGUUCUAUGAAAUUCCUUCAAAAGGAGGCAAUUAAACGAUAUUAUGAUAUGUACAAUAAAGAAGUAACAGAAUUUUUCCAAAUUGGACAAUCUUGGGACUAUAGUGUACGGUCAUCACGAGUACAUUCUUCAAGCCAAGUAAGUUAUGUAGAACGCACACAUGAUGAACCACAAGGAGGAGAAGAAGAAGAACUUGAAUCGGAUGAUGAUGAUGAUGAUACAGUUGGUAGUUAUUGGACAGGAGUUGAAAAACGUAUUUUUUUCAAAUUAUUAUCAAGAUAUAGUAUACACCGUAUAACUGAAUGGAGUCAUAUACUUCAUGAUAAAUCAAUAUUUGAAAUAAUGGAAUAUUAUAAGAUUUUACAAAAAAAUUUAAAACAAUUACGUCGACAAAAAUUUAAAGGUUUAGUUAAAAUUGCAGAUAUGGAUAUUGCUUAUGAAAUGGAUGAACAAUUCAUUGAUAUGGAAGAAUAUAUGAGUACGAAGCCAAUAAUUGAAACUAAAGAACCCGGUGAUAUUGUUGAACAAAAUGUUAAUAGUGAAUUAAUUGAUAUUAAUAAUUGGAAGAAACGAUGGGAUUUGAUAUAUAGUAAGAGUCAUCUUGAAGAAAUUCAAACAAUAAGACGUCAAAAUAUAUCAAUUGAUAAACAAAGUAUUCAAUAUAUGGAACUUUUAAUAAAACAACAAUUACGUCGAUUAUUAUGGUAUACAAUAUUACCUGAAAUUCAAAAUAAAAAAAUUUCAAAACGAUCAUUAAGAGAAUUCCUUAUUAAGGAAGAUGAAUCUAAUAAAAAUAAAAGACAUAAACCACAAAAGGACGAUGAUGAAAUCAUUGAAAUAUACCAUUCACAUAAGAAGAAGAAAAAUAAAAAAAACGAUCAAUUAACUAUUUAUCCAACGGUUAUUACUUCCACAGAAGUCGAUAAAGCCAUUACAAUCAUGAAGAAUGAACGCAAUACUAAACAUACUCAAACGUUAGGUGAAAGUGUUAUGGAUACCAUUAAUAAAUAUGAAAUUCAUUAUCGACCACUUGAUGGUAAUAUCUUUAGAAAACGUAGUGUUCGUGAAAGCAUUAUUCCCGAGAUGGUCCACCAAACCACUUCACUAAUGACCAACAAUAACAACGAUAUUGAUCAUGAUUUACUGGAGCCCUUUGCACCGACACAGACUACUCUCGAUCACUUGGAAUACGAUAAAUUAUAUGCCAUACCAUCGGAAAACCGCGAGGCACGUGAUGACGAGCUCGACGCGGCCACCGACGCACGUGACACCGAGCUCUCCUCCCAAAUCUGCCAAACAAUCUAUUCCUUCAUACUGAAAAGAUGA